AGUUCAUAUACCAUCCGGAAAGUUCCAAACUGGAUUGCUUUGGAAAAGCGAUGAGCCGGUUUUUCCGAACAAAUUUACCAAGGCAGUACGUCGACGCGGUUGUUUUGAAAAGCGCUUGCUGAAAGAUCCCGAACUGAAAACUAAUAUUGACAAACAAAUGAACGAUUGUCUACACAAGAGGUACGUUCACAAAGCAACGUCAGACGAGCUCCGCAACAGUGACGACGGAAAGAUUUGGCACCUGCCAAUCAGCGCAGUGCGACAUCCGAGCAAGUUAACAAAGGUGCGUGUAUUCUGGGAUGCUGCGGCUACGUAUGGAGGAAUCUUUCUGAGCUCCCAGCUUUUGAAAGGUCCGGAUUUGGUGAAGCCCCUUCUAUCUGUCCUCUGCCAAUUCCGACAGAAACAGUAUAUCAUCGCUGGGGACAUAAGGCAGUUGUUCCAGUUGAUUAUUCGUCCGGCAGAUAGAAACGCACAACGAUUUUUGUAUCAGGAGAAUUCAGAAGCUGCGCUCAACGUGUACAUGGACGUCGCAACGUUCGGGGCAACGUGCUCCCCGUGUUCAGCACAGUUUGCUAAGAAUGGAAACACCCAGGAAAAUAAAGAUCGUUAUCCGGAAGCUGCUAAAGCAAUUGUUGACAACACAUAUGUUGACGAUUUCCUUGCGAGCUGUGCCAUUGAAGAGGCAACGAAACUGGCUUUGGAAGUGAGUCUGGUCAACCGAUCAGCUGGUUUUGAGAUACCUAGUUGGCAGUCGCACUCCAAACACGUUCUGAAACGGGUUGGGGUGACUACUGGAGAUAAUUUUGUAGUUAACAUGGAAAAUUGCUCGCGGUGUGGUGGUCUACUCAACCGAAUUGCUAACCUGUAUCAUUUUGCGCACCGCUUUAAGCGCUUCAAACGGGAUCCUGUGGAAUCUAGUGAGUCCUGUGGUGGUCUGAAUCGUGAUGAUUAUGUGUCGGCGGACACAGCCAUUUGGCGAGCUGUGCAGCGACAGGUGUUUGCAGGAGAAAUUAAGGCGCUUAGAAGCAGUUCUGAGCCUUCAUCGAAGCAGUGGAAGCGUAUCGGCAAGGGAAGUGUCCUAGCGAAGCUAACGCCGAUGAUCGAUGAGUCCGGUGUUCUUCGGAUGGCGAGCGGAAUCGACCCUCAAGCGGCUCAUUAUUCGUUAGACGUGCGAAAUCCUGUGAUAGUACCAAAAGAUCAUAAUGUCAUCACUUCUUUGAUCCUGCGAUUUUACCAUGCCAAUAUCGAGACGGUGCUGAUCGAGUACAAGCUACGUUACUACAUUCCCCGGAUGAGAGCCAGUUCGGAGAAGGCGCACCAUCAAAGGCUAGACGAUGAAGGACUGCGAACAUUGCUCUCGGAAGCAAAAUUGAUAGUCAACUCCCAUUCGCUGACGUUCGUGCCGCUGGAGGAUCCCAAGGAAAAAGUGCUGACUCCAAAUCAUUUCCUUUGGCUAAGUUCCGGUGAAGACAGCAAACCACCAAGGGUACCAAUCGACGACGCUGCGCCUCUUCGACCAAACUGGAAGGUUAUUCAACACUUAACAAACCAGUUUCGGAAGCGCUGGGUGCAAGCUUAUCUACCUACUAUAGCCUGCAGGACGAAAUGGUUAGCGGAAAUGCAGCCGCUGAAGGUCGGCGAUCUAGUGGUCAUCGUAGACGAGUCCGUGCGCAACGGAUGGCUUCGAGGUAAAGUGGUGAAGACUUAUCCAGGACGAGACGGACAAGUUCACAAGGUCGACGUGGAUACUCGCGACGGAUCUAUUCUUCAAAGACCAGCGGUAAAGGUUGCUCUGUUGGACGUGCAGGAGGAUAGUAAAGUCGAUUGACUACGACGUUACGGGUUGGGGUGUUAGCACAACUGGCAACCUUGGUACGGGAUCGGACAAACGUCAACGCGUUGGCGCCGAAAAGGAAUUGUCAUUGUUAGAAAAUUGAUCAAAACUGCGACACGUUUUUUCUUGACCUGGCAGUUAGUUAGUUUUUAGUGAAUAGUUUUUAGAGAAAGCCUAGGUGGAAGCUAUUUGGAAAGUUGCGCGUGAUUUGAGUGCUCGCGGGUUUGUGAGUCGGAAGAGGUUGGGUUAUAGAAAUUCCUUACUGCGCAAUUUGCCACUAAAAUAUUGUAUUUCCUUUAAUAGUUUGAGUGACCGUUCGGUUGUUCCGGUUAGGUGUACCGGGUUGAGCUCAAUUAGAGCGGUAGGAAAGAAAAAGCGUAAGUACGCAAGUGUACUUUUCAAUUACCCGAAGAUAAAUAUGAUUUUCGUCCAUUAGCUUCAAAUAGCCGGUGAUAUCCGACGGUUUAGGGUUGCCAGAGCUAGAGCUUAGGGUAAACGGCGAAACUUAUUUGUAAGUUCAUUAGAGAUUGUUUACAUUAUCAUCAUUUAAUAAUAAAUGUAUUUACAGUCGAGUUCGUUCGCAUACAACGUACUACGGAACAGUUUUUAUUU